CAGGUAUGGGAGCGGUGUACGGAAUCGCGAAGAGCGGCGUCAGGGUUGCGUCGAUGGGUCAUGCCGGAGCUGGAUUGAUUUUGUGCUUGAUUCAAGAGGAGCGUGAAUUUGACGAGUUGAGUAGCCAAGACAGAAUAAGCCACUCCAGAAGCACCCCAAACCCCUACCCUCCAACCCCUAUUGUCCACAAGCACACUAAAUCCAAGAAAAAGAGAUCAGAUUUCAAGAAAGAUGGCUUUGUCUCUUACAACAAGUGUAGACCACACUCCUACGACAAAAUCUUCAUCCUUCCCUUGGAUCCCAUAAUUAUGGCUAGUGGGUAUCUUGUUUAUUUGCUCUCUACUAUAUUUCUUCCCUUUAUUUUAUAUGCUCUGUUGCUUCACAAAUUUGUCAUGAAAAAGGAGUUGUGGAGGAUGGCAAAGGCAGUACAAAAUCAGUUAUAUUUGAUGUCAAAUCCAACUGCUUCUGCUUACUGA